AUGUGGAAGGUCAUACAUAACACACUACCUGUGAAGAAUAAUUUACAUCAUACAACUAAUACUGAUGAUAUUUGUGUCCUCUGCAAUGCUCAUCGGGCAGAAGAUGUAAAUCAUUUGUUUUUUACUUGCCCUUUUGUUGUUGCAAUAUGGAGAGCUUGUUUACCACAACACCUUGAUCACCUUCAAAAAUUUGCUACACUUCAGGAAUGGAUUAUUUCUUGGACAAUAGACGUUGUUAUCAAUUUUAGUUCAGAGUCUCCUUCUUUACAUGGCAUGAUUGCAACUAUAUGGUAUAUUUGGAAAUACAGGUUUAAAGUUCACUAUCAACAUGAAAUAGUGAAUCCUAACUCUACUUUGCAUCCAUUCUUUCAUUAUCUGGCUAAUAUCAUUCCUAUUUCCCAUACAUCACAUAAUAGUCAGUCUGCAGAGCAUAAUCAUCAUUGGACACCUCCACCACCAGACACUUUAAAAAUCAACAUAGAUGCUUCUUUUCGCAAACCUUUUAAUUUGGCUGGAAUUGCAAUGCUAACUAGAAACUCUACAGGAUCAUAUGUUGCAGGAAAAAGAGUUCUUAAAAGAGUAAACCAUGUGCAUCAAGCUGAAAGUUGGGCUUUACUAGAAGCCAUGCAUUGGGCAGAGCAACAAAACUGGAAGAAAGUGGUAUUUGAGUCUGACUGUGAAAAUGUCGUCUUGUCUGUUAAUGAAGGACUACUACCUUCUUGGCAAUCUUCCCCCUUGUUACAUAAGUGUGUUCAACCUUGUAAUCUUCAUAGUAACUGGUCUUGUGUGUAUAUUCCUAGAGUCUGUAAUAAAGCAACAGACUGCUUAGCUAAGUUUGUCGGCCGAACUAGUAGUACUGGAGAGUGGCGGCAAGUUCCAUCGGCUUCUCUAACUAUAAAAAUAGCUAAUGAUGUACCAUAUGUUUAA